CGCAUUACAGCCACACUGGACGAGUUCCAUGCGAACAAGCAUGCAGUCAUCGCCGCCGGUCUUCAUCAGGGAAAAGGCAGUAAAGUCAUCGACAAUUGGCAGAUCCCGAAACUCGAGCUCAUGCAGAACAUUGUUCCUAGCAUCCAGAACUCUGGCAUUAUAGCACAGUGGUCUGCAGAUGUUACUGAACAUGCGCACAUCACCGAGGUCAAAGACCCUGCAAGAUCCAGCAAUAAUAAUAAUUACGACUCGCAAAUCUGUCGUUAUCUCGACCGCGCUGAUAAAUGCAAUCGGUUCGACCUUGCCACUAGUCUUUUGGAUCAUUCGCGGAGUGAAGACCUGGGUGUUUUUGGAGAUGAGUUUAUUGAAGAGGACAACGAGAUCGACGAUGACAUGAAUGACUUUCCCACAGAGCUACUAUCCCAGACUCGAAGACCUGGACAACCACGUCCUAUCACAAACUACUUUUCGAUGGCAAAAAUACUCCAGCACAAGGAAAUUGGAUCGGUACCCCUUCCAUUACGUUCCUUUAUUGUCGGGCGCACUGCUCUUAAUCUUUCUUAUCAUCCAUCCAUUAGGAAUGCCACCAUCAAUGAAGUCGCCAUCAUGUUCGGCCUACCAGACUUGCAGCCAGCUAUUGCAAAUUUCCUUCACUGUGAAAAGACCUAUGGUAAUCACAUACACUCAAUAGGCGGUCCUAGAAGGGCCGCACAUGAUGCUGAACUUCCAUUUGAUAACCUUCAAGUGUGGUUUAAAAUUCGUUUGCAGGAGACUGAUUUUCAUGAACCCCAUAAUGUCCGACCCGCCCAAACACUUAACUGCGUACCACCCAGUGACCCAUGGACUUUGGGUCGUUAUGAUACGGUCAUUAUCCAGACCAACUCAGGGCACUCUUGGCCUGCCAGCGGCCUUUCAGGUACGUUCUUCCUGUCUUUCAUGGUGACAUUCACUAAUCUAAAGAAUGCUCUCUCGCAGGGCACUCCAUUGGCCAAAUUAGGCUUUGGAACACCAUGGGCAUGGGACGAUCAGUUCCUAACUUACGUCCUAUGUUUCGAUAUCUCUGGUGAACGUGAUCCGACCACUCAGUUCCACACAUUGAAAAGAGCAAAACGCUCGAAUGGCACACGCAUGGGUGAUGUCAUCCCAGUUUCUCAGCUUAGAGCGCUUCUGACGCCUAUCCAUCUCAUUCCCCAUUUUGGUGCCACUGCGGACACGCGUCUCACAAUGUACAAUAGCUUGGAGCAUGCGACAGAAUUUUGGUUAAAUUAUUUUUGGGACAAAAAUACCUUUUUUGCACUAUCCGAGUAG